GUAGGAUAAAACAGUAUACACUGAUAGAAGAUGUGUGAUUAGUAGGAUAAAACAGUAUACACUGAUAGAAGAUGUGUGAUUAGUAGGAUAAAACAGUAUACACUGAUAGAUGUGUGAUUAGUAGGAUAAAACAGUAUACACUGAUAGAAGAUGUGUGAUUAGUAGGAUAAAACAGUAUACACUGAUAGAUGUGUGAUUAGUAGGAUAAAACAGUAUACACUGAUAGAAGAUGUGUGAUUAGUAGGAUAAAGUGGUAUAUAUUGACAGGAGUUGUUUGAACGCCGUUUACUUCCUGCGGCCCUGAAAAACGCUACAGGUCACGUGACGUGCCAAAGCGGCGCGUGUCCUUAGAAACCACGCACCGGCUCUAACUUUGACAGCUGUUUCCACCUGCUAACGACUGCGCCUCAGGAAAAAACCCUAUUUCUUCGUUCACUUCGCUUUAUCGAAAGUUAUUUGUGCCACAGGGCUUUUCCAGGUGGUCAGUCGCUCAUAAUGUCAACUGGGGAAACGGAAAAAACGACAGGCAACGCUAGUGUGGAUGACGAGGAUUGGCUUUACGGAGACAACGACGAUGAUGUGAACGAUGCCGCAGGUGAUGAUGACGAUAAGAAGACCGAGACUGAAAUUUUCAGUGCUUUGGUUGGAGAUGUGGAAGGCGUUAAUGGAGUUGAUCAUCAGGAUGCGGACAGCGACUCGGACAGCGACGACAACUUGCGCGUUACCAUCGGCAACAUCAAAACAGACAUCCAGAGCACUAGCACUGCUGUCAAUCUCAAGACCUCAGGCAUAACCACCGUGUCAGGCACAAAGGUCAGAGGAGUGGCUCUGGUUGCAGUGGACGGCAUCAUUGGCACUCCAGAACUAGAGGUGGAUGAGGAGAAGCCUUGGAGAAAGCCAGGUGCGGACCUGUCAGACUAUUUUAACUACGGCUUCAACGAGGACACCUGGAAGACUUAUUGUGACAAACAGAGAAGACUGCGCAUGAGCCUAGAGUUCAUGACCUUAGGCUCGUCUGACAAAACCACGGGUAGUCAUGAUGAGCCGGUGUCUAAAUCGGAUUGCUCCUCCAGGAAGUUGAAAAACUCCAUCGAUGUAAUCGGAGGGCAAACAGAGACCAUCAUUCGUGUGGAAGGGCGAAGACAUCACAGCACAGAUGGAAGCAGCAUGCAGGUGCCGUCCUCCUCCGAAAGGCCCGUGGAUGCUGAGCCGCCAUCCUCUAAGCCACCUCCUUUCUUUGCCCCCAUCAUUCCUUCUCCACCUUUUCCUCUUCUCUCCAUCAGCUCCACUCCUCCUUUUAUACAACACCCACCACGACCGCCCAUGAGUGUCCCGCCACCUGGUUUUCCACUUCCUCCUGAAGUUCCUUCUCUUCCCUUUACAUCAGGCAGUGGCCGUUCAGGAGGAAGCUACGAUGGCCGCUGUGCCCCGUUGUACCCCUUUGCUGCAGGUGUUUAUCCACAUGCUCUGGGGCCCAUGACGCCCUGGCUGGGCUUGAGUGACCGUGCCAAAGUGUGGAAGCCUUACAGCUGUCAGGACAAAGAGAGGGAACGCGGGAAGGAUAGAGAGAGGACCCGGGACCGAGAGCCGAAGAAAGAGCACGAGAGAGAGCGCGAUCAGGAGAACACGCCGGCGUUUCGGAGCCGCAGCAGUGACAAAGAGCGUGCGUCACGUCACAGGGAGCACGGCGAUCGGGAGCGAGAGAGACAUCGGGAACACGAUCGAGACGGGAGAGAAAGAGAAGAGCGGCAUCGUGACAGGAAACACAGGGAGCGUACCGAGCGACGCAAAUCCUCACGCAGCAGUAGCAGUCGGAGAAGGCAUUCCAGCGAUGAUGGAGAGAGCCACAGGAGACACCGAUACAAGCGCUCCAAACGCAACAAGGACAGCACGGACACUGAGUCCACUGACUGAACGGGUUAGAGCGUACGUCUUAACACGUUGUCUUAAACGAUUCACUCGGUGGAUGGAAAGUGACAACGUUUGUAUGUUGAUUUGAGCCAAGUUAAGGCCGGGCUCAUUAGGAGCUGGUUUAUUUUCAUUUUAAGCCGUUAUAUGACGGCUACUUUACAAAACUAAUUUAUUAACCAAAUCUUUUUUUUUUUUUUUUUAUUUAAGCCAAGUUAUUGUAAGAUGACUUGAAUGGGGGGAAACCCCAAACUUGAUUGUUAAGCUAAGAUGAAUUAUAUUUAUGUUGUGUCUUUGUGUGGCUUUGUUGCGGUAUGAAAACAGUAUUAUAAAUAAUUUGGUAAACCAGUUGUGCCAGUGUGAAAAUUUUACCAAACAACAUUAGCAUUCACAGGCCAUACUUGCGCGCACACACACACAAUAUAUAUAAUUUUUUAUAUAUAUAUAGGCUCUGACCGUGACACAGGUUUCCUUAUAGAAUAAUUUUAUUUGAUUGAACCAAAAGUAUCAUCAGAUACAGAAUGCUUCAUAAGCCAUAGCAUGAGACACUAGACCACAUGGCUUUCCACAAUGAGCUGCAGACAUGAAAAUAUAUCUCCAUGGAUAUGUGUGCCAUCUUUUGUCUCAUCUCUAAAACGCAAAAUCAGCGAAGCAAGGCCGCCAAACUCACAGUACUAUAAGCGCGCGCACACACACACACACACACACACACACACAUACAUACAUAUACAGUGCAUCCGGAAAGUAUUCACAGCGCUUCACUUUUCCCACAUUUUGUUAUGUUACAGCCUUAUUCCAAAAUGGA